AUGAAGCGUUAUGCCAAGCGUUACGUCACCAAGCGUUAUGGUACCAAGCGUUAUGUCACCAGCGUUAUGGUACCAAGCGUUACGUCACCAAGCGUUAUGGUACCAAGCGUUACGUCACCAAGCGUUAUGGUACCAAGCGUUAUGUACCAAGCGUUAUGGUACCAAGCGUUACGUCACCAAGCGUUAUGGUACCAAGCGUUAUGGUACCGUGGUACCAAGCGUUACGUCACCAAGCGUUAUGUCACCAAGCGUUAUGGCACCAAGCGUUAUGGUACCAAGCGUUACGUCACCAAGCGUUAUGGUACCAAGCGUUAUGUCACCAAGCGUUAUGUCACCAAGCGUUACGUCACCAAGCGUUAUGGCACCGCGUUAUGGCACCAAGCGUUACGUCACCAGCGUUAUGGCACCAAGCGUUAUGGUACCAAGCGUUACGUCACCAAGCGUUAUGGUACCAAGCGUUAUGUCACCAAGCGUUAUGUCACCAGCCGUUAUGUCACCAAGCGUUAUGGCACCAAGCGUUAUGUCACCAAGCGUUAUGUCACCAAGCGUUAUGGUACCAAGCGUUAUGUCACCAAGCGUUAUGUCACCAAGCGUUAUGGACCAUGGGAGUGUGAAAUUUUACCGCUGAAGACUGUGUGGAUUAUGAGAGUCUAG